UCAGAGCCAGAUGGUGCACCACAAAAUGUAAGGGGACAUAACAUCAGUUCAACAAGCAUUUCAGUAUCGUGGGACGAAGUGCAAGCUGAGCUGCGGAAUGGUAUCAUUACCGGUUACAAUAUAACGUACCAGUCUCAGACAGAAAAUGACAGUGGAGUUGUAGAAGGUGGUCCUAACGAUCGUCAGGCCAACCUAACAGGGCUAAAGGAGUUUGUUCAAUACACUAUUUCAGUGUUUGCAUCUACAGUGAAAGGAAUUGGACCGCCUUCUGUUCUUGUUGUUAGAACAGACCAAGAUAGUAAGUGGCUUAAUUUAUUUUCCCUUUUUCCAUCAACGAAGAGUUAGUGUUUUACAGUUGAGUUUAAAACAAAAUUUGAUGGGUUUUUCAAUGAUCAAUUUCUGUAUCAAAUUGUACUGUCCAUCAACGUCACCGUUUAGGGAUUUGUCGUUUUGCCAUUUGACCGACUGGAAACUGUAAUUUUAUCUGCGUUUCUAUAUCGACCCGGUGAUGUCACCUCCAGUUUUACUUUUCGUCAUUAUUUUUCGCCUCAUGUAACGUAAUUCGGAUUCCAGAAUCCAGUAAAUGUUUGCUUGGGGAGUCUGGAAUCCUUAGAAUUCAGCUCAAGGAAUCUGGAAUCCCGCUAACGAUUAGAAUCCCGAAUCCAUGGCCUAGAAUCCAGAAUCUAACGCUAUCUUACUGAUUACCUUAUUUGGGGCGAUUUUGCUGUUAAAUUGUUCCUUGUGGGGAAUGUCGAAGUUAUGUAGCGUCAUCACGAACUAACAACAGUUACUUUGAAUUUGUUCAUCAGAACCAGAUGGUGCACCACAAAAUGUAAGGGGAAAUAACACCAGUUCAACCAGCUUUUCAAAAUAG